UACAAACACACUUUGCCUGCAAUUUGUCACUCAUUUUCACCAUUAAUUCAAUUCAAUUUAUAUUAAUUGUUAUGUUUAAUGAUAUUAUGUGUAAAUUGUUUAUAAACUCAAUUAAAUGAGUGAUCAUAUGAUUAAAAUGUGUGCCAAUUGUGUUGUCUUCACGAUAUGUUUGCUGUGAUGUUGUGUUAGUGUCCGGACUAUCGGCGGCUAAACGUUGGCCAACACUUGAAUGCAAUUAAGUUUAUUAAUAGUAUUGUUAAUCAUCUAAUGAUUUCCAUCUGGCGUUGAAAAGCAAGUGAUGGUGACGUCAGUCAUCCCCUCAUGAGUGACGUGUUGUUCACUAUUAGGAAGAGACGCCCAAACCUGUCAUAAAUUGCUCACAUUUUUGUAAUCAUUGCCUUAUUUUGAAACAAAUAUAACAGUAAUUAGAAAUAUAUUGAUUUCAUUGCAAUUCCGGUCGUUUAAAACACACAUCACUUUGUUUUCAAUUUAAUUAACUAUUAUUUGCGAUUGAAAUGUACGGCAAUUCAAGCGUCCGUUUGGACACAAUCAGUGGCCACAGCCAGAAGUUGGCCGCAAACUCGCAGAUAGAGUUGAGUCUAUCGGCCAGAAAACUGGUCAAUCGGGACAUCACAUCCAAGUCUGAUCCCCAGUGUAUCGCUUAUAUCAGACACGGAUUGAGCGAUAAGUACAUCGAAAUCGGGAGAACGGAAGUGAUUAAAGACAAUCUGAAUCCCGAUUGGGUUAAGAAAUUUGAUAUUCAAUUCAAGUUUAAUGAAAGCCAACAAUUGAAGUUUGAGAUCUGGGACGUCGACCCCGUCUCUGGCAACGAGUUCUUGGGACAGAUGAUUGUCGAGUUGGCCGCUAUUCUCGCCGCCAAUGGCGGCACUUAUAAGCAAAAGUUGACGACCGGUGGACGACAUCCGCGACGAUUCGGUGGCGAAAUGAUGAUCAGAGCUGAGGAACUGUCGGCCAACAAACAGAUCGCUCUCAUCUCAUUCGCGGCCACAAAUUUGGACAAAAAAGACUUUAUGGGGAAAUCUGAUCCAUAUUUGACACUCUCGAGAGCCAACACCGACGGCACGUUCAGCGUUGUCCACAAGACUGAAGUGAUCAAAAACACAUUGACUCCUCAGUGGCGAGCAUUCAAUAUAAAAGUGCAACAAUUAUGUGGAGGAGAUUACGAGCGAAACAUUAAAGUUGAUUGUUAUGAUUGGGAUGAGAACAGCGCCCACGACCUCAUCGGCUCAUUCACCACAAAUCUCCGCCGACUGUCUGCCGGACCCUCACAACAGAACUUAUAUGAGUGCAUAAACGCCGACAAAAAGAAACGGAAGGGAAAGUCUUACCAGAAUUCAGGUGUCGUUAAACUGAACAGUAUAUCCAUAACACAAGAGACAACAUUUUUGGACUAUAUUCGCGGCGGAACUCAAAUGCAUUUCGCGGUCGCCGUUGACUAUACGGCCUCUAACGGCGACCCACGAGACCCCCGGUCUCUGCACUUCCUUGACUAUAGCGGUCGUCCCAAUCAGUAUGAAAUCGCCUUACGAUCUGUUGGCGAAGUAAUCAAAUCAUACGACACGCAGGGAUUAUAUCCCAGCUAUGGAUUCGGUGCCAAAUUGCCAACCGGACAGUAUGAAAUCGCCUUACGAUCUGUUGGCGAAGUAAUCAAAUCAUACGACACGCAGGGAUUAUAUCCCAGCUAUGGAUUCGGUGCCAAAUUGCCAACCGGACAGGUCUCACAUCUGUUCCCAUUGAAUAACAAUAUGUCGUAUCCGUACUGUCGAGGAAUCGAUGAGAUAAUCAGUUGCUAUAAAUCCACGUUAAGCACAAUUACACUUCACGGGCCGACAAACUUUGCGCCCAUUAUUAACAAUACGGCUUCGAUUGCUUCGCGAUUCCAAGACGGGAAGCAUUACUUUGUUCUUCUCAUCAUCACUGAUGGCGUCAUUUCCGAUAUGAACGAAACACUCGAUGCUAUCGUCAACGCGUCUUCUCUCUGCCUCUCUAUCAUAAUAAUUGGAGUGGGAAACGCGGACUUCACGUCAAUGGACUUUCUCGAUGGCGACGGCAAUACUAUUGUUUCGCACGGCAAACGAGCGGUUAGGGAUAUCGUACAGUUUGUUCCGCUGAAUCGAUACGUUUCUGGCGAUUGGCAACAGAAUCAGUUCGAGUUGGGAAGGGCUGUGUUGGCGGAGAUCCCAACGCAGUUCAUGCAAUUCAUGCAAUCGCGAGGCUAUAAACCUGGAGCUGCGGGUCAGGGAUCAGCCGUUGGUAUUUUCCCCGAACCCACCGGCAAAGAAUCGGCGCCUAUUUAUCCGUCAAUUCCCUCUCAGCCUCCAUCCGCUCCUACGGCUCAUCACCAGUCAUACCCACAACCGGCCCCUUCAGCGCCCGGCUCUUAUCCAAGUAAUCCUUCGUACCCGAGCGGUCCCCCCACUAACCCAACCGCACCUUCAGCCCCCAGCUCUUACUCCAAUCCUUCUUAUCCCACCCCUCCGAGUGCUUACCCUCCGUCAGGUCCUAAUCAAUAUCCCUCAUCCGGUUAUCCGCCUUCUGCUCCAAAUCCAUACCCGCCUUCUUCUGGUCCCAACCCAUACCCACCUUCUGGUCCUAAUCCAUAUCCACCUUCUGGUGCUAACCCAUACGCCCCAAGCAGUGCGUACCCACCCUCGGGCCCAAACCCUUAUCCAGCUCCUGGUUCCCAAUACCCACCCGCAAGCGGUUACCCUCCUUCUGGCCCUAAUCCGUAUCCACCGACUGGCGCUUAUAAAGCGGUUACGGGAAGAGUUGGUAUCGAUUCGAGCGGAGAAUUUGCAGUUAAAAGAAGACGGACUGAAGCAUAG